AAACUGAAGUGGCCGUUUGAAACCUUUUUUUUGAAAUUUGUUUUAACUUCGAAGAACAACGCCAAGUUCACUUCUUUCCUUCAAUGCAAACAUAAACAAACAAAACCCAUAUUAACCCACUUCCUCCUCAUUCAUCAUACCCAUCUCUCAGAUUUUCAAUUCUUCCUUCAAAACCCCACCAAAACGAAGUUGACCCAAUUUCAGAAUCAAUACAAUGACAGGCAUUGUUAUGGUUACAAGAGGCGGCGGCUGCGGUGGCGGAGGUGGAGCCAACAAAAUGGUCAAAAGUGGAGGAGGAGCCAAAGGCUCAGUUACUGAUGACCAAAAUCAAAUCUCUGUAGUCGAUGUUCUGUUGACGGCUUUGAGGAAAUCCAUGGUAUAUUGCCGUGUUGAUCGUCGGGAGGAUCUCAUUUCUACUGUUCAUCACAUGGAAAUUGGAUGGCCGACAAAUGUUCGACAUAUUGCCCAUGUCACUUUUGACCGUUUCAAUGGCUUUUUGGGACUUCCUGUUGAGUUUGAAGUUGAGAUUCCCAGUUCUGUUCCCAGUGCCAGUGCCAAUGUGUUUGGGGUCUCAGCUGAAUCAAUGCAAUGCUCUACUGAUUCAAGAGGAAAUAGUGUACCGACAAUACUUUUACUAAUGCAGGAUCGAUUGUACCGUCAAGGAGGUCUCAAGGCGGAAGGGAUUUUUCGGAUUAACCCGGAGAAUAGCCAAGAGGAGAAAGUAAGGGACAAAUUGAACAGGGGAAUUAUACCUGAAAACAUUGAUGUCCACUGCUUAGCUGGCCUAAUUAAAGCUUGGUUUCGAGAGCUUCCGUCUGGAGUGCUUGAUGGACUCUCUCCUGAGGAAGUUCUGCAAUGUAACACCGAAGAGGAGUCGGUCGAGCUUGUUAAGCAGUUAAAACCAACUGAGGCUGCCUUGCUGGGUUGGGCUGUGGAUCUUAUGGCUGAUGUUGUUGAGGAAGAGGAUUCCAACAAAAUGAACGCAAGGAAUAUUGCUAUGGUUUUUGCUCCGAACAUGACUCAGAUGUCUGAUCCAUUGACGGCCCUAAUGCAUGCUGUUCAAGUGAUGAACCUUCUCAAAACACUGAUAAUGAAAACUUUACGUGAGCGGGAAGAGGCUUCUUCAGGAGGAUAUUCGCCCAUGUCAUCUCAUUCUUCCGAUCGACAAAUGCAUGAAGAUUUCGACAGUCAGGAAGACAUGGAUACUGCUGAUGAAUCGAGAGGACCAAACUCCGAUGUUGAGAAUGAUGUCGAUGAUUACAAUCACAGCAGUGAAGAUGGAGAUGAAGAGGAGGGGUCAUUAAGUGAGAUAGAGGACUGCUUCUUGAGGCAAUUGAAUGAAACAAAAAGUGAGUCUUGCAGGUCUUCAACUAGACAAGAAGGUGAUUUAGACAUGGAAUUGAGUCCAAGAAGCUGCUCAGGAUUUAAUGUCGAGUCCAGUAUAACGUUCACUGAUAGUAAAAACGAAAACUCAUGCCUUAGUAGUACUAGUAGUGAUGGAGAAGAUUCAAGGACGAGUUUGCACGAAGACGAGGGACAAAGCAUUCACAAAGAAGACCCCAUGGCAUGUAAAAACUUCAUCGAUAUUCAGAUUGAUGACAAAAUGAGAGAACCCGUUUCGUCGACGUCCAUGGUUGUUGCUUCUAAGGAAUCAGUCUAACAGCUUUCACCGGCAACGACAGUACUUCGUGAUAUGCUUUCUUUGUAGUAGUUCAAAGUGAUGCUUGCUUUUUUUUUUGUAUCAUAGCACGACAUUUAGCGAGAGGCUUUGACCCGAAAAAAAAAAAAGAUAGAGAGGAUUGCUUGUUUGUGUGAUUUUGUGAUUCCUAAAGUUUAGCUUCGAGCUGAACGCGCUUGAUCCGUUUCUUUUGUAACCGAAACAAACUUAACCUUGAAAAUUCUCUUGUUAGUAGAACUGUGUUAUUGCUAUUGUGGAUGUAUUUGAAGUUUCAUGAUGUUCCCAAA